CAAAAACUUUCGUCAACUGAUCGUGACCACAUUGAAGUAUUUCCUUGGAUAUUGUACCAUUGAUUCAAAAGGGCACAUGGAUUUUGCUUUCAAACCGAGAAAAAUAGCAUUCAUGCGAUCUUUUAACUGUCCAUCAGCACCUACAUAGCAAAAUGGAGUGUCUGCGAAGCCUUUGGACAAGGCUGAAACAUGCCUUUUCACCACCAGGACAGACACCAAUAGACCCUGUCAUCGUGAUUACUGUUUUCAUCUGCAGUCUUGGAAAUGCCAUGAUUAUCACAAUGCCAUUCUCAUUUUUACCAAGAAUGAUGAGGGAAUUUGGCAUUGAAGAAAAAGAAAUAGGUAAUUAUGUCGGCAUUGUGGCUUCAUCACUUUUUGUAGGAAGAUCAUUUGGAAGUUAUUUGUGGGGUUGGUUAUGUGAUCGAAUUGGACGCAAACAUUCACUGGCAAUAUCAACUGGUCUAAUCGCCCUCUGUACUCUUAUGUUUGGCUUUAGCCAGUCUUAUGUUUGGGCCUUGAUAACUCGGUUCCUUCAAGGAUUGUGUGGUGGACUGAUCAUAGCUCUGAAGGCAACGAUUUUUGCCCUUUGUGAUGAGACCAACAGCAGUCUUGGAAUGGCAAUAAUAAUAAGCUCUUUUCAAAUUGGUUUGAUAGUUGGCCCAGCUGUAGGAGGGUUUUUAGUUUUUCCGGCCGAGUCUUUUCCAUCUACUUUCUCUAAAGAUUCUUUAUUUGGAAAAUUCCCAUAUCUUCUACCAGUAUUUAUAACUUUCGUUAUGUUGGUCAUAUCCUUGUUUCUGACCAUAGUCAAAAUCCCAGAGACUCUUAAAAGAGAGAAGACUAAUGAAAAGACAAACUUGCUAAAUGACAGUGGGAGUAAAUCAAUAGAAGGACCGUCUCGUAGAUCGAGAAAAUAUUUGGAUAUGUAUACAUAUGAUAUAAUUGUUGCGAAAGAAUCCUACACUGUCUUUGCUGUGCAGCCCAACAAAGAAGCGGAGCAUGAAAAGGAUUCAAACAAUGCAAAGACUACUGUUUCUCAUUUCCAAAUCGAAUGCGAUAGUGUCAUGGUGCAGACACGUCCAGCCUCAACAUGUUGCCGAGGCUUGAAAGAGUCGUCGUUAUGGCAACUCAUAAAGAUAAGAAACGUGCAGCUAUCCCUGGCGCUCUAUGCUGUAUUCUCUUUUAUUUCAACUGGGUUUGAUGAAACAUUUCCUGUCUACGCAGACUCAUCUAAGAUUUACGGUGGCCUGAACUUUGCGUCAGAUCAGAUAGGGACAGCCAUUCUCAUUGCAGCCGCACCUAUGGUUGGUUUGGUUUUCGUCAUUGCAAGGCUCGAACGGAGAUUUGGUUCCAAAAAGUUGUUGAUUGGUGGGUUAUACCUGCUCGUGUUUGGCUUGCCACUUUUUGCAUUUAUUGGCUAUAUACCGUUCAGAUAUGUAUGGUACCUGCUUAUUCCAUUUUUGUUCGUCGUGAGGUUAACAUUCGCCUGCUGCUUCAUGGUAAUCAAUGUAAUACUCAAUUGUGCUGCUGACCCAAAGUACAUGGGCCUGGUCAAUGGACUGGGAAUGACAGCGUCAUGUGUCUUCCGCUCAAUUGCACCAACCAUUCUCGGCUCCCUCUACUCUUGGUCGCUAACGAAUGAAGGAACAUUGGGGUAUCCAUUCAACCAUCACUUCUCCUUUGUUCUGUCUGGAUUCACUGCUCUUAUCACGUUGGUAAUUGCAGUAUUUCUGCCUGAUAGAUUUCCUGCUCAAAACCUUAUAGAAGUCACCGAAUCAGAAGUAACCAAUCACAGUUCGAGUGACGAAGGCCCAGAAUUUGAUCAAGAUACCAAGAUUUAAGAGUGCAUCGUCACAUUUAUUGAUUGCCAUAUAAAUCCAUGUAAGUCUGCUCUUAUGAAUAGAUCCAGAAAUUUGUCAGACUUAUUAACAACUUCGAUAGUAAAAGCUGCAGAUCCGCCGUGUUAUCAACUUGUAAUUUAUUAUGACCAAGAAAUAAAUAUUGAUUAAGACCAAGAAAGCUGAUUUGUCAGAUAGGCCUAAAACCGCCCCGCUUCCAAAAAAGGACUUCUUUGAAGGGUAAGCGGAUGAGAACCCCACAAGGGGGGAUGGGUGGUUUACUUGAACUUUUUAUAUUGGGGGGUGGGUCUAUCCGCAGUUGUUAAAGCUCACCUAUAAGUAUCAAAAACAAAUUUAACAGACCCAUAAAGUUUAAGCUAAAAAGUUUUGAUGAGAUCAAAAUACAAAAUCAUGUUACUGAGCAAACAAGAAGCUAUUAGUCAAAGUAAUUUAGACUCUUUCUUUUAAUUAUCAGUUUGAACAACAUCUUUGAAUAUCAGUGUUUUUCAUGACAUUAGACCUUAAAGGCCGGUUUCCACUUGAUUCGCUCUGGUCGCGCGACUGAGCGAAUGCACAUUGAGCUACUCAGCGAAUGGUAGUGCAUUCGCAGCGAAUGAGGAAGUUCAAUUUGCGCAUGCCCCAAUGUGCAUUCGCUCAGUCGCGCGACCAGAGCGAAUAAAGUGGAAACCCGCCUUAAAAGAGAGAUACACAAUAGAUAAAAAUCUGCAGUAUCUUCACUCGAAAAACAAUCUUUCACAAAAUUGCGAGACUGCAUUGAUUUUUGCUCCUUGCCCAACAAAGCAGUGCUGUUUUUGUGAUUUUCAUAUGAUUUGAGUCGCAAGUUUUAAGAUCUAGUUACAAAACAACAUUUCUUUGAGAAGUGGAGGGGCAUUGCAAAUAAUGUCGUUACAGUGAGAUAUAAAACAGUUUUUUAAAGAUAACAUUGGAAAAGUACAUGACUGAACACUGGUCUCAAUAUAUUUUGUAAACAUUGGAAGGUAAGGAUCAAGUAAACAAAGCUCAUCCGAUGAAUAAGUUCUUAAAGGGGGUGUCAAUAUGAAACGAUAAUACUCCCUUGAUAUAUUUCUAAAAGAAAACAGGAAUUUCUUCAUGAUUGUUUGGAACUAAGUUUCAAUAAAAGGGGAAUUCUAGUAAUUUUAUUCAUUUUUCAAAGGGAAGCUCAGGGUCGCCGAGAGCCACCCAGUGCCAAGAGGCAGGACCCUUCCUAUACAAGGCAAUAAACCUGUUUGAUAUGGAAUUAAAUUGCAUAGAAUUUUUUACAUUUACUUUUGAUUAAUAUUCGUAAAGCGUCUUUAAGUUUUCCAAAUACAGAUUUGACUUGUAAUUACCAUGUUAUUAAGAAUCAUAUUUUAAAUAGAGAAAA